UGGAAACUCCACUUUUUUCUUCAACCUUCGCGAAAUCUCUCUGACGACGACGGAAACAGAUGGCGAGGAGUCACCGGUUUAUUAGCUACCGGUUACUCCUUCUCCUUUUACUAAGCUUCGAAACGGCACGGCGUUUAGCUUCCGCUGAUCCAAACGACGAGGCGUGUUUGAAGAAUCUCCGACAAAGCUUGGAGGAUCCGGCGCGUAAUCUCCGGAACUGGACAAACAACGUCUUCUCCAACCCUUGUUCCGGCUUCACCUCUUACCUCCCUGGCGCCACCUGUAACAAUGGCAGAAUCUAUAAGCUUUCUCUCACUAGCCUCUCACUUCGCGGCUCAAUCUCUCCGUUUCUCUCCAACUGCACCAACCUCCAGUCCUUGGAUCUAUCGUCAAACCAGAUCUCCGGUGACAUCCCGCCGGAGAUACAGUUUCUCGUUAACCUCGCCGUACUCAACCUCUCAUCAAACCGUCUCUCCGGCGAAAUCUCUCCGCAGUUAGCUCUCUGCGCUUACCUGAACGUCAUUGACCUCCAUGAUAACCAGCUCUCCGGUCAAAUCCCUCAGCAGCUAGGACUCUUGGCGAGGCUGUCUGCGUUUGACGUGUCGAACAACAAACUCUCCGGCCAGAUUCCGACAUACUUGUCGAACAGGACAGGGAGUUUUCCGAGGUUUAACGCGAGCUCGUUCGUGGGGAACAAGGGGUUGUACGGGUAUCCGUUGCAGGAUAUGGUGAAGGGCAAAGGCUUAUCGGUGAUGGCGAUCGUCGGGAUAGGGCUUGGAAGUGGAGUGGUGAGCUUGAUGAUUAGUUUCACAGGUGUUUGUAUUUGGUUGAGGAUCACUGAGAAGAAGAUGGCUGCUGAAGAAGAAGGCAAGAUUAGUCAAUCAAUGCCUGAUUACUAAAUUUUAAUUAAGGAUUUUUUCUUAAAAUGUUAUAAUUAAUUAAUCACGGCUGUUUUUGAAACAAGAUGAUUCCAAUAUUCAUCAAUUGGUGGUAUGCGUGAGUUUUUUUUGGUAUAUUCGUUCUUUGGGAUUUUUGUUAUUCGAAAGUUUUUUUUAAAGAUUUUUUUAAGAACAAACUUGCAACUUUUCAUAUUUAUUUUAUCGUAUUCAACA